AUGGACGCUGGUCGUGGCCGUGGACAGGUGGCCCGUGGCCGAGUAGUCGGUGGCCCCCAAGCCCGUGGCCAAGUCAGGGGGGGACGCAACCCCGCAACAUCAGGGGCCCGUGGGGCCCAGCGGCCAGCCGUUCGUGGGGGGGUCCGCGCCAAGGGAAGUUUACCAGGUGAGGAUGGUCUUGUAAACGGUGGCGGUGGUGGUGGUGGUGGUGGUGGUGGUGGCAGUGGUGGUAGUGGUGGCGUCGGUUUUACUGAUAGAUCAGGGGCAACAGGCGCCGCGACUGGUGACGAUCAUGAAUGGUAUCAAGAUUCAUACAAUUCGUGGAGCUAA